AUGGAGGAACAGACAGAGGCAAGCUCGGCACCCGGGCUGGAGGACCAGAGUGUCCUUAUUGACAACCCUGCUGACAUUGUCGUCAUUGCUGCUUAUUUCCUUCUGGUCAUUGGUGUUGGACUGUGGUCCAUGUGCAGGACCAAUAGAGGCACUGUGGGUGGCUACUUCUUGGCAGGACGAAGCAUGGUGUGGUGGCCGGUUGGGGCUUCUCUCUUCGCCAGCAAUAUCGGCAGUGGCCACUUUGUGGGCCUCGCAGGGACUGGAGCCGCGAGUGGCUUGGCUGUGGCUGGAUUUGAGUGGAAUGCGCUGUUCGUGGUGCUGCUCCUCGGCUGGCUCUUCGCGCCCGUGUACCUGACGGCAGGCGUCAUUACCAUGCCCCAGUACCUGCGCAAGCGCUUCGGCGGCCACCGCAUCCGCCUCUACUUGUCUGUGCUCUCACUGUUUCUGUACAUCUUCACCAAGAUUUCGGUGGACAUGUUCUCGGGGGCAGUCUUCAUCCAACAGGCUCUGGGCUGGAACAUCUACGCCUCUGUCAUUGCGCUCCUGGCCAUUACCAUGAUCUACACUGUGACAGGCGGACUGGCAGCGCUGAUGUACACAGACACUGUGCAGACCUUCGUUAUCCUUGGGGGCGCCUUCAUCCUCAUGGGUUAUGCUUUCCACGAGGUGGGCGGCUAUUCAGGACUUUUUGACAAGUACUUGGGGGCAGUGACGUCGCUGACGGUAUCCGAGGAUCCGGCUGUCGGGAACAUCUCCAGCUCCUGUUACCAUCCCCGGGCCGACUCCUACCACCUGCUGCGGGACCCUGUGGCUGGAGAUCUGCCCUGGCCCGCGCUGCUCGUGGGGCUCACCAUCGUCUCCGGCUGGUACUGGUGCAGCGAUCAGGUCAUAGUGCAGCGCUGCCUGGCCGGGAAGAACCUAACGCACAUCAAGGCGGGCUGCAUCCUCUGCGGCUACUUGAAGCUCAUGCCCAUGUUCCUCAUGGUCAUGCCAGGCAUGAUCAGUCGCAUUCUGUACCCGGACGAGGUGGCAUGCGUGGUGCCUGAAGUGUGCAAGCGUGUGUGUGGGACCGAGGUGGGCUGCUCCAACAUCGCCUACCCGCGCCUGGUGGUAAAGCUCAUGCCCAAUGGUCUGCGUGGACUCAUGCUGGCCGUCAUGCUGGCCGCGCUCAUGUCCUCGCUGGCGUCCAUCUUCAACAGCAGCAGCACGCUUUUCACCAUGGACAUCUACACGCGCCUGCGCCCCCGCGCCGGCGACCGCGAGCUCCUGCUGGUCGGACGGCUCUGGGUGGUGUUCAUCGUGGCCGUGUCGGUGGCCUGGCUCCCGGUGGUGCAGGCGGCGCAGGGCGGGCAGCUCUUCGACUACAUCCAGGCUGUCUCCAGCUACCUGGCACCGCCCGUGUCCGCCGUGUUCGUGCUCGCUCUCUUCGUGCCCCGGGUCAAUGAGAAGGGUGCCUUCUGGGGCCUGAUCGGCGGGCUGCUGAUGGGUCUGGCGCGCCUUAUUCCCGAGUUCUCCUUCGGCUCUGGCAGCUGCGUGCGCCCUUCGUCCUGCCCAGCAAUUAUCUGUGGGGUGCACUAUCUCUAUUUCGCCAUCGUGCUGUUCUUGUGUUCCGGCCUUCUCAUCCUCCUAAUUUCACUGUGCACAGAGCCCAUUCCCCAGAAGCACCUCCACCGCCUGGUUUACAGUCUCCGGCACAGCAAGGAGGAGCGGGAAGACCUGGACGUGGAUGAGCUGAGAGGGCCAACCUCGCCCCCAGUACAAAACGGGUGCCUGGAACAUGCAGUGGAGAUUGAGGAGCCCCGGUCCCCAGCACCAGGCUUUUUCCGCCAGUGCCUGCUCUGGUUCUGUGGAAUGAGCAAGGGUGGGUCAAGUGGUCCCCCACCCCCGACCGAGGAGGAGGUGGCUGAAGCAGCCAGGCAGAUGGAGGACAUCAGUGAGAACCCAACUUGGGCCCGCGUGGUCAAUCUCAAUGCGUUGCUCAUGAUGGCUGUGGCCGUCUUCCUCUGGGGAUUUUAUGCUUGA